AUCUACUCUUCCCGUCAACCCUCCAGGCCGCUGUUGCCAAGUAUAUCUGGGGCAAGAUAUUCUCUGUUGACCAUCGGUAAAAAUCCGUCCAAAUCUCCAGGUUAUUUGUAUCAUCUGUGCAAAUCAGUGUUACUUUUGAAUAGCAAAGGACCAAGAGAUUAGAAAAAUGCCAGAAAAAGCAAGCUCGGCAUCCAAAUCCGGUGGCCAAGGCCAGUACAAAGAUCGUGAAAAGCCGGAGUACAUCAGAACAAGUAACAUCACAGCGGCCAAAGCUGUGUCAGAUGCUAUCAGGACUAGCUUGGGACCAAAGGGAAUGGACAAAAUGAUCCAGGCAUCUAAUGGAGAUGUGACCAUCACAAAUGACGGAGCUACCAUUCUCAAGCAGAUGCAGGUUCUCCAUCCAUGUGCGAAGAUGCUUGUUGAGCUGUCCAAAGCCCAGGAUGUAGAAGCUGGGGAUGGGACCACAUCAGUUACUGUUAUUGCUGGCAGUCUUCUGGAUGCUGCUAACAAGCUAUUGCAGAAAGGUAUCCACCCAACAACGAUCUCAGAAGCAUUCAAGAAAGCAGCAGCCAAGUCUGAGGAGAUCUUGACUGAGAUCGCCACUCCUGUGGACCUGGCUGACAGGGAUUCUCUUGUCAAAAGUGCCUCAACAUCUCUCAACUCAAAGGUUGUUUCCCAGUACUCCUCCCUGUUGGCCCCCAUGGCUGUGGAUGCUGUGAUGAGGGUCAUUGACCCUGCAACUGCCAAAAAUGUGGAUCUGAAGGACAUUAAGAUGAUCAAGAAGCUGGGUGGCACUAUUGAGGACUCUGAGCUGAUCGACGGUGUAGUGUUUGACCAGAAGCAUGCUGGGGCACCAGGGGCUCCAUCCAAGAUGGAGAAGGCCAAGAUUGGCCUCAUCCAGUUCUGCCUCUCACCUCCCAAAACUGAUAUGGAGAACCAGGUGAUUGUGUCGGACUACUCCCAGAUGGACCGUGUGCUGAGGGAAGAGAGAGCCUACAUCCUGAACCUGGUCAAGCAGAUUAAGAAGGCUGGCUGCAAUGUUCUCCUCAUUCAGAAGUCCAUUCUCAGAGAUGCUGUGAAUGACCUUGCUCUACACUUCCUGGCCAAGAUGAAGAUUAUGGUUGUCAAGGACAUCGAGAGGGAGGACAUCGAGUUUGUUUGCAAGAGCCUUGGCUGUCGGCCCAUCGCCAGCGUCGACCACUUCCAGCCAGACAUGCUCGGACAGGCCGAGCUCGUGGAAGAACUCCAGGUCGGCUCAGGCAAAGUGGUCAAGAUCACAGGAGUACAGAACCCGGGCAGGACCGUGUCUGUGGUGCUCAGGGGCUCCAACAAACUUGUCCUGGAGGAGGCUGACCGCUCCCUCCAUGAUGCACUCUGUGUCAUCAGAUGCCUGGUUAAGAAGAGAUUUUUGAUAGCAGGUGGAGGAGCGCCUGAGAUUGAGUUGUCUGUACGCCUCAGUGCGUACUCCCGCACCCUGUCCGGCAUGGAGGCGUACUGCAUCAGGGCCUUCGCUGAAGCUCUGGAGGUCAUCCCGUACACACUAGCAGAGAACGCAGGCCUGAACCCCAUCGGUACAGUUACAGAGCUGAGGAACCACCAUGCAGAGGGCAUGAAGACUGCUGGCAUCAAUGUUAGAAAGGGCUGCAUCACCAACAUCCUGGAGGAGAAUGUUAUCCAACCCCUGCUGGUGUCCGUCAGUGCAGUCAAGCUGGCAGCAGAAACUGUCACACAGAUUCUCAAAAUUGAUGACAUCGUUAACACUCGCUAGUACAAGAACUCUUGAAGGAGGACCUGGGAGAUGAUUCUGCAUGUUGAUGUCUACAUUUAAUAGCAAUCUGAGUUGUUUUUCGUAGAUUUAUAUCUACCAUUGAUAAGUACAUGUCGCCCUUGUUAUUUAGUGGCCAUGCACUUGUCAUGAAGAAGGAGCUUAUCAUAAACUUAAAAAAAUUGCAGUACCAGUAGUUAUGUGCAAACGAGAUCUACACGUAUAUAUACAUACAGCCAACUUUGUAUUGUGUGUUUGAGUGGAAAUUCAAAUAAAUUAAUAUCCUUUGUUGUGUCACGAAAA